ACACGUUAUAAACGAGAUGGCAGUGAGUUAUAAAACUUUCAAACCAACAGAACAUUCAUAAUGCUCUUGUUUUGUGGUUAAGCAGAUUGAGAAGAUCCAAGUGAACGGAGGGGUGUCAAAGAGAACAAAUAAUAUUUAUUCUAGCUUAACUUUACUUUUCAAUUUUAGUGCAAAAUGCAUAAGGAAUCGCAAUAUGAUAAUACUUUGGGUGGCUCACAAGAGCUGCCUAAUUUUCUGCAAUUAAUGAAAUUCUCAGCAGCUCGAAGUUUGGAGAUCCAAUCAAUCAAAGAAUCCCUGAAAACAAAUAAGGGAUGCAAGUUAGCAUUCCAGAAACUACCCAAACAUAUGAGGAGAAGAGUGAUGGCUCAUGAUGUUAAGAGAUUGCCAAGAAGGGUAAGAGAAAUUCAUAUGAACCAAAUGAUAAAGUCUGGUAUGCCUCCUAAAUUGAAGAGGCCUUCUCGUAAGUAUAGAAGAAGGCCAAAAAAUCUAAUGGAAGAAUAUUUAAGGAGGCAAAGGCAAAAUAUGUGGUUAGAAACCCAUAUAUGGCAUGCUAAGAGAUUUCACAUGGUAAAUAAAUGGGGAUACAGAUUACCAGAUAGGCCAUGCGAUAAAUCUUUUAGAGCAUGCUACAGAGCAACAGCUAAACAUUGUUUAAUUCAAGAUAUCUCAUAUAUGUCAUGCAUAGAAUUGCAAGGUUCAAAGGAGACAUUAAUUAACUAUUUAAGAAAUAUUACAUCUAGGGAUGAGAAAUUAAGCAUUGGAGCUAGAGUAUACAUAAGUGGAAAGAGAGAAGGUGACAUAACAUUAUUUACAAAUUCUAGUUCAAAACCCAUUGGGAAGAUAAGUUUCAACUGGAAAAUUAACAACAUCACAAAAAUUGAUACACUAUGGCUAUGGAUCCAUGCUGCUUACUACCAAGAAGCUUUAGAUACAAUAAUUGAUUUAUUUAAUUUAAAGAAGAAAGACAAUAUUUUGUAUAACGACCUUCUCAAAGUAGAAUUAAGAGAAUUAAGACACGAACUAACCAGAAUUCGAUUGACUGGGCCGCUAUCCCAAGCGAUCUUAGAAAAGUCAUUGCAACCAAUUAAUUCUGCAAAUCACAGUAGUGAAUGGUUCAAGGAAUAUUUAGAAGAUGCUGAGUGCAGACAGCUAUUUGCAGAGCAAGUACGCUUUUGGCAAAAUGUAAAGGACCUUAAUUCUCCUUCCUUGUUAUCUCCUAGAAUAAUAACAUCUCUAGUAGUAAGGGAUCCAAGAUAUCUAUAUCCCAACAAAAGAACUAAAGCUAUUACCAAGUUUUCCAAAACUAAUUUGAACAUAGACCUACCAGCGAAUUUAAAUGUCGGUCCAAUUUGGGAUUCUGAGAUUCGUGCGGAAGUGAAAUCAAGUAAAAUAUCAAACGCGGAGAUUACUGAAUUGCAGAGCUUGCUUUUGGUACCCGGUUCGGAAAUUGAACGUCCACCAGCUCCGAUUCCGGUUAUGCUUAUACAAAAACAGGGUGUUACAAAUUAUGGAUCUGGAUGGGACGUUGUUAUACCGUCAGGCUGGGCUCAACCUUUCUGGCUUGGAUUUUUAAUGUGGGGUGGUAGAGCUGGAGGUUUAAGAGAAACCGAACAAAUUAACUUUGAGUUUGGUAGAGCUGAUUAUUUGGAACCAGAUUCAGCAGCGGGUAAAUUAUAUGAGACCGAAUUGGCAGAGCUGCACACGAAAAAGUUUUUCCGCUUACCACCGAACAAACGUUGUAAUUACAACAAAUUUUCAAUAGCGAGUCCAUUCAGUUGCAAUUGGGAAAUUAUAUGUCGCGAUUGGGGUUUCGAGACUCAAGGGUUUUCUGUGCUUAGGGAUCAUACUAUUCUGCAAGCAUUACAGGAAUCGUUACAAUUUGGACAUACGAAGAACGUUCUUCUUAAGGAUAUAUUUAAUAAAAAUUACUUAAUACCUGUGAAAGUAACAGUAAGGAAGGGUAUAUUUCCGAGGUAUUCAAUAAUUUGUAUGCCAACCAAGGAAGAUAUUAAACAUAAGAAAGAACCUAUUGAGAAAAGUAGGAAAGAUGAAAAUGAAGAAAAACGAAAACGUCUAAGGCGUUCCCAUCGAACACUGUUGAUGAAAUUAAAGAGGAAGAGGCAUCUUGCAAGACAAACUGGAAAAAAAAUCGAAAUUGAUAUGGAAGUAUUAAAGAAUUACCAGAAGCAGAUGCGGGAACUGUGGUUGCCCACUGUUGACAAUGGAAUAAGGACGACAUGCGAUCGUGAAAUUAUGGGAUUUGUUACAAAGGGACAAUUUUCUUAUUUUUGCGGCAAAAGUGUCGCUAUUGGAUAUAUUGCAAUCGGGGCGUUUCAUAGUAUGACUCUUUUAGGAAUUAAUAGAGUUUUAAUACGUAAUACAAAAAGCCGCCAAUAUAGAUUUGGUACAAUGGAAAUUAUAAUAUAA